CGCGGUGGCGCGAAUUACUUAUUUAUUUAUGUGUCCUGCCAAGUUUCCGCUUCCGGGGUCACGCAGCCACUCGUCCAACACGUGGAGUCCAAGCGAGAUGGGGAAAGUGAGAAGAUCUCGCGUGGCCAGGCCUCCCAAAAAGAAUCCCGAGGAUGAGUUUGAACAGCGAUGACGCGAGGCGCUACAGCCGGGAACCACAGCCUGACCCGGAGUCUUCCGAGUAUUUCUACGACGAGGUGGAGGAGUUCGACAAGAAGAGGACUAAGAGCCUUACCAGUGCACGACCAGCCUUGCUGUUUGAGGGCGAACAGGAUCCUGAAGAGGAGAUAAUGCCCUGGAAGACGAGUCGACGAUGACGAUGACGAUGACGGUGAUGGCAAAGGACGGUGAUGACGAUGAUGGCGACAUGGAGAGUGAUCUGGACAAGAAAGACAAAGAUGAUGAAGAUCUCCCGGAUGAGCGGGCGUGGGGAGCCAGGAAGAGAGUUUUCUACGACACGGAAUACCCAGACGACGACCGACGAGUCCGUCCCAAGACAGAUGAGCUGUGUGACGAAGAUGAGGAGGAGGUGGAGGCACUUGCUGUUCAGAAGAGGUUGGCCCAGACCAUCUCGGAUGAGGAUCUGGGUCUGGAUCUCCUCCAGGCCUACGCUCCGCUCCGUGUCUCUGCGGGCGACGAGGUGAGCGGCCCCGCAUCCACCUCGUCGCUGGAGCGCCGUGUGGAGCAGCAGCUGGGGUCGCUGUCCAAGCGACACCUCGUCCACCUCGUCCGCUCGGACUCCCCCGAGCUGCUGCAGCUGCUGCGUGAACUCUCGCAGAGGCUAGAGGAGCUGCAGGAUGAGCUGCAGCCCCUGGAGGAGUCGGUGAGGAGAGGAAACUUCCUGGCAGCAGCUGAUGAGUGGUGCAAACUACAUCCACACAAAGUACAGAAUCUGUUGGAACUACUGUGUGAAUCUCUGCUCUUCGUGCUGCUGAAGUCCGGCGAGCGGCCAGCGUACGUGACCACCCAGUGGUGUCACGUCUCUAGCCUACACACAGUGUGAGUGGU